UAAGAUGAGCGUGUGAGGGUUGCUAAGGGAUCCUGCUGACAGCCAAUGACAGAGACUCGUUCAUUCUGUACGUUUCGUAUGAAUAAAUAGAAGGGGCGGGUCUUUGCCAAGCGCCGCAGAUAUCGAUAAGGCGUAAUUCUCCUGUGUGGAGUGUUUUAUGCCGAAGAAAUGGACAUGGGCUGCCAACAAUAUAUUUUAGAAGCGGCUCGCGUAUUUAUUUAAGCGGUGCAAUUUGUCCAGCGUGAGUGGAAGCGAUGGGAUCUUGGGUAAUGGGCCGUUCGUGGGAAGAGCGAGACCUUUAUAACCGCUUCUGCACUACACCGGAUACCGGGAAAUGAACCACGCACGAGCAACGAACUGGAUACCGUCUAUACGAGGAGCUGUCAGCAUAAAUAUAUGAUAUGAUUCAUCUGAUUUGAUUCCCUGCAUCGAUAUUCUCUAUUUAUGGCCGUUCUGUCAUCUUGAUAUCGGGUGUGUGUAAAGGGGCGCGCGAGUGAGCCGCAUCCGCGCGAGGUGCAUUUCAACAUGACAGAUCAUGCCCGUUAUCUCCAUACCUGUCUGACAUGAUGCGCGUGAUAUUAACCUCACGGGAGCAUCGGGCCGCGCGCACCGAUGAUCUGUAACCUACAUUCCCACACAAUGUAUAGAGGAAGGAUACCAAGCGGGAAGACCUGUGGCUAUCCGGGGGACAUUUUAUCAGGGUCAGAUGGCCUUUCUUGAAUAAGAAACAAGCAAAAAUGGAGAGCUCCAGUUCAAGGAUGGUUCUGAGGAGCUCCCGGCGUCUGCUCGGAUGUUGUGCGCUUCUGCUCGCGACCGUGAUGCUGGUGGGCUUCAUGCCGACGUCCAGCUCACCUGUGGCAGUGGAGCUCCCAUCGAACAUGUCUAAAAGGAGUCUCAAUCAACUUCCAACAAGACCACAUUCACCUCCUGCCUUAUCUUCAUCAUCAUCAUCUUCAUCUCCUCAGCGUUCAGAAAGAACCAGGCGUCCAGCUCACACGCCACCAGGUGCCAAACAUCCCUCGUCCCCUGGUCACCACGACAGUGCCUCCAGUAUAGAUCCUACCCCGUCCCUUGGCUCCGAAGGGUCGGGUAACCUAGGCGACGGGGCCCAGGGCAUCCACUUGCUGUUACGGCCCCCAGACCUUCUAACGCCCAGCCAGAUGCCUCCUCUCCAUGGCAACAGACCGCCUACGCCAGCUCCCCCGACCCUGGUACCGCCCGAAGACCUGUAUCCCGCCCACUCUGCGGAGGUGGACUGGGGAUCCGGAGACUACCUGGAAACUCUUACGUUCAUGGGAUCCGAAGGGGAGGAGUUUUCUCUCGUCACCACCCUUCCUACCCAUGGAUACGAUCCGUAUGAUGCUGACGAUGACGCCACAGUCAGCUACAACACAGCUUUCCCCUCUCGUCCCAUCCUGCCCCUCUCGUCCAGAGACCUCCAGCCCAGCGCGACCGUAAAAUACGGGCAUAACUUAAGGACGGCCCAUCCUACUGAUCCCCGCCUUCCAUUGGCUCCUGACUCUGCCCACACAAGCGAUAUGGACGAUGAUUUGGAUUUCGAUUGGGCGGAGCUUUUUCCCAUUGAGCCAACUGAAAUGCUGCUUCCCGACAUGAACAGUUUGGAAUACUACAACACGUUGCAAGCCAAAGAGAACGCUAGUAUUGCGAGGAAUAGGACGCACCCUCACAUUACCCCAACGCACACUGUAGGAACCCCCCACACUACCACUGCAACUUUGGGAAAAGUCCCUGAUCAUAUUGACCUGACAGCCCCUCAGCCCAUUCCAUCAGUGACCCCAACUCCACCCCAAAAACCUAAGCCUCCCAUCCCAUCAACCACCGAGACCCAACGACCUCCUGAAGCCCCAAAGAAGGGUGUUCCUUCCAUACCCACGUCCUAUGGGGGCAAAACCCGACCGUCAGUGCCAACUGCCCUGCCUCCACCCGGCACCUUUGAGGGUCCAGUAAUACAAGCCGUCACGCUGAAGCCCCCUGCUACGAAACCCCGUACAACCAUCAAAACCCCCAUCAGAACUACAACUACAACUAAAACCACGACUACCAUGAGCUCCACCAAAAGCCCACCGCCUACAACUCCCAGAAUUCCUCUGUCCAUCGCACCCCGACAGUACAUUUGCAACAUCACCAAACCGGACAUGUACCUAGUCAGAGUGGGAAUGCCAAGUGGGUCAUCCGUGGCGUUUGCCAAAGCUCAUGUGCGGGAGAUUCUUCGACGAGAGUUCAACCGUUCAGUUGAGCUACAGGUCCUCAAAGCCCCGCCCAAUUUCAUCUUCCGGGCAGUCUCCGGUCCGUUAGUGUACACUGCUAUGUCCGUCAUCAAUACUCUCCGCCAAUCAGCACACAGCACUUCUUAUUCUACCAUUCUAUCCGUCACAACCAUAUAUGCAGUGCCCGAUUACAAACAUCAGGUCCACACAGUGCUGCAGUUUGUGCCGAGUCAUGUGGACGUGCGUCUGUGUAGCUUCAGCGAGCGUGUGGAGAAGGGGCUACUCAUGGCGUAUGCGGAAGUACGCAAGCGCUCGCAAGAAAAUGGAAAUUUCACAGUUCACAUUGUGAAUAUCACUAGUAGCAUUCCUAAGGGUCAGCGGCAGCAGAAGGCUCCGGUGGACAUCACCUUUGCUGUGCGUGACUCCCAAGGCUUCCUAACGGGAUCAGACGUGAGUGGCCACAUGAGGCAGCUCAGCACUGUGGAGUUCAGCUUCUAUCUUGGUUUUCCUACCCUGCAGAUCGCUGAACCUUUUAAUUAUCCUGAACUGAAUGUGUCCCACCUUUUACGCACAUCCUGGGUGAAAACAGUUUUACUGGGUGUGUUGGACCAGCGUGUGAAUGAAAGGACGUUCCAGGCCAAAAUGGAGAGGCGGUUAGCACUGCUGGUCGGAGAGGGACUUGGGAUUGGGGUUAGCAAUCGACGAUGGAGAAGAGCUACUAGUAUUGGCAACAACAGUGUGCAGAUCGUUCGAGCGUCCCGUCUGGAUGGCCCAGACUACCCGUUGGAGCUGGUGUAUUUUGUGGAAGCGGGGUCAGGAGAGAGACUGCCAGCCCAGGCCACUGCAGUCAUGCUCAACAGACUGAACCUGCAGAGAGCUGCCAUCGUACUGGGCUACAGAGUACAUGGAGUUUUGGCCACACCGGUGGAGAAGCUGGCCCUUCCGCCCUCUGAGACUCAGUCCAGUAACAUUUGGCUGAUCGUAGGAGUUGUGGUCCCAGUGCUGGUGGUCAUCCUCAUCAUCAUCAUCCUUUACUGGAAACUGUGCCGCUCUGAGAAGCUGGAGUUUCAACCAGACGCCAUGAGCACCAUCCAGCAGAGACAGAAGGUCUGGGUCUCUGAGUGUUUGCAGCCUCCCAGCGUUAAAGGUUUUGAUUUUGCUAAGCUACACCUGGGGCAACACAGUAAGGAUGACAUCAUGGUAAUCCAAGAACCCGCUUCUUUACCGCCGCCUGUUAAAGAGGCCACGCCCUCUGAGGGCGGAGAAUUGAACACUCCUAAAUCGAAGAGCUCAUCUACAAAAGCAUCACGUGCAGCACGGAGAAGAGGCCGAUUGUCUCCAUCUGAUGGAGAUUCGUUAGGAAGUGAAGCAUCCAGCGGUAGAGAAUCAGCUGAGGAGAGCACCAGACCUGCUGUGACGCCAAGUGACAGCAAACCCCAACAUCGCAAGAACAAGCAUGCAAAAAACAAACAUGGUACUCAGCCUGGAAGUGGUGUGGAUGAGCAGUUGUCCUCGUCGUCCAUAUUUGAGCAUGUGGACCGCCUGUCUCGAGGUUCAUCAGAUGGAACACGCAGAGUGUCCAAUAAGAUACAGCUUAUUGCCAUGCAGCCCAUGCCAAGCCCUCCCUCCUAUCCACAUAACCAAGCCCUGAGUCCCAACCUGACGGACAAGAUGCAUGACGGAGCAAAUGUCAACAGUGAGAUCCAAGUGGCCUUAAGGCAUAAAUCUGAGAUUGAACACCAUCGCAAUAAGAUCCGCCUGCGUGCCAAGAGAAAGGGCCACUAUGAGUUUCCCUCCAUGGAGGACAUCAUGGCAGCGUUCGCCGACAGCUCCGAGCAGCAGCGAGUGUAUCAACAAGCUCAGGAGCAGAUACACAAGAUCCUGCAUCCUGAGGAACACACGUCUUCAUCGCGCGGAGAGCCACGCAAAAGUUCCAGAGGAAAACGCUCUCCCAGGCACAAACAGAGACCAAAUUUGAGUGGAAGCGGAAGUCUCAGAGACAAAGAUCGCCUCAUUAAUGACGGAGAUGCCACGUACAGGAAGUACCCCGGGGUCAACAACGUAGCCUAUGUGUCAGAUGCAGAUCAGCUCCCAGAUGCAGAAAGCCCUUCUCCUACUGAUGAGGUGUUUUUGGACCCUGGAUCACCACCAUCUGGCCCCGCCCCUGCUCCGCCCACCUACGCCCCCCCUCAGCCAACCAUAGAAGAAGCUCGGCAGCAGAUGCACUCGUUAUUGGAUGAUGCUUUUGCUCUCGUCUCACCCUCUUCUCAAGGAAGCCCCGCUCCUCUAACGUUCACUGGCAUUACUGCGGUCACUGGCGUUGGAGGAAUCAGCCCCGGUCAACCCUCCAGCCCGUCCUCACGCCCCUCACGCCAAUGGGGCUCCUCUUCUUACCCAGCAGCCCCUGCACACAGUCCUUUCUCUACGAGGUAUGCUGAGUUAGGAAUGUCUCCCACAUCGGUACAGGGUUUACUGCAGAGUUUUGACAGGCAGGCGCAAGGCUCUGAGUAUCUGGCAUCAGCAGAGAUGCAGUCAGAUCCUGGAUACUCCAGCAGGGGACAGUAUGGAGAAGAGAUGCCUUCAUCUUCUCGGCCACGACCAGUGGGAGGAAGCACAGGUGCACAGUUGCAUCAGCUGACACAAGUGGGCUUGUCAAGUCGGAUUGGAAUGUAUCCUGGAGUUGGCCGUAGUGUAUCUGGACCCUCAGGAUCAAGCUGGACACAGUACCGCUCAGAUGAGGAGAUCUCUAGGCCAGGAUCCAACCGAGAGGCUAUACUGACAUUCCCAGAAUACUCUUCAUCACCUGUAUUCCAGAUGCCCAGGACGUCCCUGCAGGAUCCCACAACACCCCAGGCCCACCUGGAAGCCUCGAGCGCGGGGUACAUUGCCCCCGAGGAGCGUUCUCCACCCCCUCACUCCUCUGCCUCUCUCAUCAAGGCCAUCAGGGAAGAACUGCAGAGACUUUCUCAGAAACAGGCUGCUGUUGUCAGCUACCACAGUUGAGAAAGACCAUUCCAAAACCCCAGUCCUGGUUAACUUCCCGAUGUACCACAUAAACAACCUCACAAAUCCCAACGCAGCUCGAUGGCUGAGAAACUGCUUUACACAAAACCCAAACCAAAAUCUUCAAACUCAAGUACGGCUGGUCUGUUACAUAUGAAGAAAUACUAGCAAUCAUCCCUGCUUGUAUUGGCAGGAGAAAUCCACAAUUUAAAUUUCACUGCUGACAUGCAGAAAAUACAGUUAAAUACUCUCUCCUAUGAUUCACAAUGAAAAAACACACCCUAAACGUCAUGUCCAGACUGUUUAGAAAAAUAGACAAAGUUGCCCCGUAUUCAGACUCUCAAUUUGCAUGCUGAGAGCUGUGAACCUUCAAGACUUAGUGCUGACUGUUGCUAAUGUGAAAAUCACUCCCAUUCAGUUCCAUGUCUCUCAAAGUGCUUCCUUCAAAUGGGUCAUCUUCGUGUCUCCGGACUUCCUCUGGUGCUAAAAAUCAUUUCUGGGCUCUGCCACAAUACCACAAACUAGCCCUGGCAAAAAACUCUGAAGUGGCGUUCUUCUUUUUUUCUUUUUUGCCGCUGUCCUGUUCUCCCAAUUAUUCAAGACGGAUUAUCAAGUAGAAACGUGCUCUGUUCCACAAUCUAGUGAGCCUCCCGGAAAAGGUACCCAACAUAAUUAUUUCUCUUUCGAGAUUUUCACCAAAUUAUAAUUCUUCAGAGAAGGCAAACCCACACGCAUGGUGAACGAGGCAAGAGAAACGUCCAUUAUAAAGUUAUAAAUGUUUAUAAAAGCUUUAAAAGAAUUAUUUAGCUCAACAUUUGUGCGUUCUGUGUAUUUUUAUACUUAUUAGAGUGUCAUGCCGUUAACUUUGCAAAAUGCUAACGUCAAAGUCUAGACAGGGCAAGAGAAAUGUCAGUUAUAAAGUUUGAUGAAUUUCAUUCAGUAACGUUCAUAACUUUAAAAUCUAUUAUUUUACCCAACAUUUGCGAGUUCUGUGUAUUUUUAUACUUCUUAGAGAGUCCUUUAAAGAGACUUUGCCUUAGCAAAAUGCUAAUAUCAAAAUCUGGUCUAGGCAAGAGAAAUGUCUAUUAUAAUGAAAUAUUUCAUUUGAUAAGUAGCUUAUAUUAUUUUACCCAGCAUUUGUGAGCUCUGUGUAUUUUUUACUUAUUAAAGUAUCACGCCGUUAGCUUAGCAACAUGCUAACGUUAAACUCGUUUGAUUGAAAUCAAUUGCAAAUCGA